GACACACGCAUGCACACAAAAACACACACCAUCCAGCAACAGAUAGAUCAGUGAAGUGAUCAAGUGUCGACCAGAGCAAAGUUAGCCACUGACACAAAGAAGGACUUCACUGUGACUGUGGCUGUGGGAGGUAGCUAACCAGAAAAAAUGUCUGACAGGCUUAUUGACUUAGAAGAGACUGCGACCCAUACAGGUCCAAAAGGAGUCAUCAAUGACUGGAGGAGAUUUAAGCUGGAAAGUAUGGACCAAGAGAACUUGCCACCUGCAAAAAAGGAACUGCUCAGACAGAUGUCAUCCCCCAACAGGCCAAAAGAUGACUCCAGAGCAAACCUUAACCGCAAGAUGAGUGUCCAGGAGUAUGAACUGCUUAAGGAGGAGGAUGAGGGAUGUCUAAAGAAAUACAGACGGAAGUGUAUGCAGGAGAUGCAUGAUAAGCUCAGUUUUGGGCCCAAGUUUGAAGGUGUGCAUGACCUGGACAGUGGAGAGGCCUUCCUAGAGGUCAUUGAGAAGGAGCAUCACAGCACAGUGGUGGUUGUCCACAUCUACAAGGUUGGGGUAAAAGGUUGUGAGGAGCUCAACAACUGUCUUGACUGCCUGGCCACUGAGUACCCCACCGUAAAAUUCUGCAGGAUUGAUGCUGUUGCAUCUGGGGCUGCAGAGCGGUUCUCAGAUGAAGUUUUGCCUACGCUGCUUGUAUACAAGGCUGGAGAGCUUCUUGGGAACUUCCUGGCCUGCACACAGCACCUAAACGAGGAGUUCUUCGCUACUGAUGUGGAGGCUUUCCUCAACAGCUAUGGCCUGUUGCCAGAGAAAGAGCUGCCUGGCUUGGCAGAUGAAGAGGAAAACGAUGUAGAGUAAACAAAAAGUUUGGCUGCUGAGGAAGAAAGGAGGCAGUCUUGGAGUGCUGGAUAGAGAGCUAUGAAAGACAAUUUUUAACAUAAGACAAGUUAAUCUUUUGGGUUUCUGCAAAUAGAAAAAAAAUAUAACAUCUUCACUAGUUCACUAGUGUUUGAGGGUUGCUCUCUUAAGGAGAAAUUUUACAUCCAGUCAGUGAAGAAAUCUCAGUGUACCACAUCUGGGAGCUCUCAAACGCAGGUGUGGGUUACAGUAAGGUGAGGAGGUGCAGCAUUUAUUUAUAAAAAUAUAUCACAAAUCUCCUCACCAUCACCCAUGCAAAAGCCAAACCCGUUAACUCUAACUGCGGUGUUUUGUUUUGUAAUGUUAGGAAACAUUUCAUGCUGUAUGUACAAAUUGUUAAUUCAUAGGGGUUUUUUUUUGUAGAAUUUGAUUGGAUUGAUCUGGACACAAGCUAUUUAUAAAUCCAGGGUUCAAACAAAGUGGCAUCCCCUAAUGUGGUUGAAUAUUGAAACAUGUAUACUGAAGGUCAUUAGAUUUUUGCCAAAAAAACAAAAAACCUUGAAGAGAUAAAUAGAACAGUACCUCUCAGGUCUUAGGAGGCCAAAGCACUCUGGAUGUGGAAACAUUCUGUGUAAACACACCAUCCGGCUAUCUGGUCCAGCAUAACCUACCCUUGCUUCUUAAGCCAGUGUGGUGGGAGGUGCAUAUUAUGUCUGGAAAAAUGAGCCUCUGGUAUUUUGACAUCAUCACUAAAACAUCAUCAGAGGAGAGUUCAUUCAUUUGUGUGUAUUUUUUUUAUUGUGAAAGUAGGAGAAAGUCAUGGAAACAGGCAGAAAGGAAAAGGUGGGUGGUUGGUUUUAUUCACGUGAUGUGACUCCACCAACAAGUCUUUGACUCAGCACAAAGAUUGUUAUCAUAAUCAUCACUUGAUUGUGCUAAGGAUGGUUUCUAUUUUAAACUGUGU